UUCGGUCGGCUCGGACGGGCCGGUCGACGUCAACGCAGCCUCGGUCGACCUGUACAAUGGCUUCUACCAGUUUCGCAACCGCAAGCUGGGCUCGCUGUUCGGGAUCGACUUCGCCGAGCGCGCUGACGUCUGGGGGGUCAGUGAGAUCUUCGACGAGGAGCGGGAGUGUUUCGUGCCGGUGGGGCCGGACGAGAUGCUCUUCCCGGUCUUCGAGGGACUGCCCAUGGGGUGGUCCUGGGCGCUCCACUUCUGCCACGCCAUCACCUCCGAGGCGGGCAGGACGGAGACGAGCCUGCUGCAGGAUCGGCACGCGCCAGAGGCGCCGCGGCCCGAGCUGGCCUACCGGUUGCCGUACGUCGGCAAUGCCAACGUCAUCGGGCUCAGCCGAGCCGCCACGCAGCGCGCCCUGGACGCCGUCAAGGGCGACCUCGACAAGAGCGGGCUGCACUACCAUGAGGAGAACUCUCCCGCCGAGACGCUCGAGCUGCUGGGGGUGGAGUUUGAUGGUCGGCGUCGUCUGCUGCGUCCCAAGCCUCGACGCGUUUGGCGGCUCCACUUGGCGUUGCGCGCCGUGCUGCGCCGAGGCCGCUGCAGCGGGCUCGUGCUGCAGGUUCUGGUCGGCCACAUCGUGCACCACUGCCAGCUGCUGCGCUUCGGGCUCUCGGUGCUCGACAAGGUCUGGUCCUUCAUGUCCGAGAGCGGCGGCAAGGAGGUUCGCCUGUGGGCGUCCGUCAGGUGGGAGCUGGAAGUGUCCUCCUGGCUCGUGUUCCUGGCCGAGGCCCGUCUCAGCGCAGAGCCUGCCAGCGUCGCCUUUUGCGGCGACUCCUCUGCCGUGGGCUACGCGCUGCACGUCACCUCCGUCUCGGGACCCGAGUUUCGGGCCGUGGCACGCUACCGAGAGCGGUGGCGCUUCGACGCGGUCGAGCGGAGCGACGAUGGCUGGGGGGCCGUGGGCGGCUGGUCGGCCGAGUGGCGAGCCUCGCCAGACCCAGCGGGGUCUCUCGGCGGCGGCCCCCGUGACCUCGGCGGCGGACCUGCGGUUCGCUGCCGGCCGUGGCGCGACAUCGAGACCGUGGAGCGGCCGGCCGAGGAGGUGGGGAUCCCGCCGCUGCCCGACGCGCUGCUCGCGAGCAAGCGCUGGGCGAUGGUCAUCAAGGGCGCGUGGCAGCACGACGGGGUCAUCCAUGAGAAGGAGGGCCGCGUGCUGCUCAUGGGCCUGGUGCGGGCCUCGAGGUGCGUCGGCCUUCACGGGAAGAGAGUUCUCUCGAUCGGGGACAACCUCUCGAGCCUCUGCAGCUUCGAGAAGGGGCGCUCGGGCAGCUUUGCCCUUCGGCGCCUGUGCCAGCGCGCCGGGGCCCUCUCCAUCGGCUGCGAGCUCGACCGGUCCCUUCGCUACGUGGAGAGCAAGAGGAACCCGACCGACUUCGACUCGAGGGCGGCCGACCGAGGCGAGCUGGCCGCCGGGAGCUCCGUCGCUGGCCGGCAUGGCCGGGCGCAUCAGUUCGUCCUGGAGAUCUUCGCCGGCUGCGCCGCCUUCUCCGCCGCCUGUCAGGAGGCCGACCUCAACAUCGGGUGCCCCAUCGAGAUCUCGAGGGGCCCCCACAUGGACGUCACGAGGCAGAGGACCCAGAGGCACAUCAAGGGCUUGGUCAAGCAGGGGCUCGUGUGGUACCUCCACUUGGGGACUCCGUGCACUACUUGGUCGAGGGCCCGCACGACGGGCUCAAGUUCAGCCGCUCUUGGGGGCCUCCAGUUGGCCAAGUUCUCGUUGGGGCUCAUCAAACUCUGCAAUCAGUAUGGCGUCCACUACUCACUCGAGAACCCGCGUUCCUCGAGGCUCUUCUCCUGGAAGCCCCUUAGGAAGGAGCUGCAGAGGCAGAACGCGAUCCUUGUCCGAUACGAUAACUGUGCGUACGGUGCGGGGUAUCUCAAGCCGACCCUCCUGGCCACCAACAUGCAGGCCCUUCAGGGGUGCUACCAGAGCCCGUGGAAGGACGCCGUCAAGCACUGGGGCCAGCGCGUGGUCUGGGUCGGCCCUCGGUUUCUGGAGCGCAAGACCGUCGGGAAGGGGACGCUUGUCAACUACGAGACGUGCUCCUCGGACUUCGUCCGCUGGGCCAGCCAACAGGCCCCGCCCCGGGCACUGGCUCCGCUCGAGCAGCUAGACGCCAGCCUCUCCGCGUACUUUGAUUUUCUCUUUUUCGACGGCUGUGAGCCAUGGGCUGGUCGGCACACCUUGUUCGGCUACGCCCACCUGCACGGCAUCGUUGCGCCCUCGCGCAACCUGCCUCAUGCUGUGAAAGCUCUGGCGGGCUGGGUGAAAGCCUGCCCAGAGCUCAGCCGCGACCCGUGCCCUUGGGAGGUGUUCGCCGCGAUCGCCGACCACUGGCUCGAGCUGGGCACGACCGAGUCCAUCCUUGCCGCCGCCUGCGGCGCCUUGCAGUUCGACACCUACCUUCGUCCAGCGGCUGCGGUCAGCCUGUCCCUCGAGCACGUGGUGUUGCCCUCAGGCAGGGCUGGCGACCGCUAUGACAAGGUGGCGCUGAUCGUGGCCCCUUCGAGUGGCCCAGCACCUCGGCCCAACAAGAAUCAGCAGUUUGACGACACCGUGAUGGUCGGGUCUAUCGACCCAUCUCGUGGUUGGCUUCGGCAGCUUGUUCGACAGCUCGUUGCCAGAGCCCGUGCACGUCGUGCCCAGCGCCUGUUCAACGAGCUCCCGCUGUCCUCCUACGAGCGCCUGUUCCGCGAGGCCAGCCACCGACUAGGGCCUGCAGCGCUGAAAGUGUCGCCGCACACGCUGCGACACGGUGGCCCUUCUCUCGACUACUUGAACGGCCUUGCCACGCUCCCUGUGCUGAAGAAGCGCGGGGGCUGGCUCAGCGACCGCUCCGUGGCGAGGUACGGCAAAGAGGGACGACUCAUGAGGCAGAUCAGCCGCCUCUCGCCCGCACAGCAGCAGCAGUUCAAGCGUGCCGCCAGUCGCCUCGAACAGAAGCUGCUUCGCGCCACAG